AAUUUCAUUUUAUAUUUUUCCGCGAAAUUGAAUGUCGAGAUUCGUUUCUAAACGUGUAGCGCCAUCUAGCGCACUAUGAGUCCUACUAAUGACAACCGGGAGCCACCCCCCCGCGCCCCUGGAGUGAAGAAAAAACUAUGGACACGCGUGUGCGCGCUCUCUUAUAAAUAAAUCGUUUUGUCCUAAUUUAAUCCGUAAAUCUGCUUGUAAGCUAAUAAACUAGCAUAUUCUACGUGUUAUAUGAACAAUUGGUGAUAAAAGUUGAUCCUGCAUUGGAGUUCACCAUCAAUUCGAAGCCUCAGCUCGAUACGUGCGCCGGCCGGCUGAAGAGGAAUUCCAUCACCCCGGAGCGGUUUGCUGUGGCAGCCCAGGUGCCGCUUGAAGACUUGGUGCGCGCGUCGAGCUACCUGGUGAGCGCGCUGCAGAUGAGGGAACAGUACAUGGACGUGUCCAACCAGUCGUUCUCGGAGACCGUCGGCCUCUACCUCGCCAACCGGGAGAUGCCUAACCGACACAUCGUGGAACUGAACCGACAGUCGCGGUUGUUCAACGAUGCUCUGCUCAACAUUGACAGCGAAGCGGCGGAGGAAUAUCUGAAGCUGACUGGAAGCUCCUCUGAAGUCCUGGACAGGCCAAAAGUUGAUAGGUACAGCGUGCAACAAUCUGCCACUAACAUGUCUGCGUUGUCGAAAGUAGUGCACCCUUCAGAAGCAAUGCGGAUUUCCUUCGAGAGUCGCGAAGAUCUUCUAGAGAAUGAGAUCCACGGAAUACAACCAGGCGUGCCGGUGGACCCGUGGGCGUGCCCGCAGCCCCCCGACCGUCACUACGUGUUCCGCUGGUACAACGGAGUGGUCCAGGUCUUCAGAACAGAGGCAGACGUCACCGACAACCGUCCUUUGCCAUACCGGAACAUCCCCUUCAAGAAAUUCGUCGUAGAUAUGGAUAAACUGGCCUCGAUGAGUGAUGAUGGGCCGCUGAAGUCCUUCUGUUUCCGACGCCUGAGCUACUUGUCUUCUAAGUUCAAGAUGCACGCCUUGCUGAACGAGCUGCAUGAGCAGGCUCUGCAGAAGGCCGUGCCUCAUCGGGACUUCUACAAUGUCAGGAAAGUGGACACCCAUAUCCACGCCGCAUCUUCGAUGAAUCAGAAGCAUCUGCUGCGCUUCAUCAAACGCACGUUGCGUCAAUCCGGGGACGAGGUGGUGGCCAUAUCCAAGGGCGCCAAAUGUACCCUCAAGUCAGUCUUCGAAGACAUGCAGCUCAACGCUUACGAUCUCAACGUCGAUAUCCUUGAUGUUCACGCGGACCGGAACACAUUUCAGCGGUUUGACAAGUUCAACGCAAAGUAUAACCCGGUCGGCGAGAGUAGGCUGCGUGAGGUCUUCCUCAAGACAGACAACUACAUGAACGGGACCUACUUCGCUAGGAUCAUCAAGGAGGUGAUGGACGAUCUUCACGAGAAUAAGUACACGAACAUCGAGCCGCGCAUCUCCAUUUACGGCAAGAACAAGAACGAAUGGACCAACCUGGCCAUGUGGGCGCUGCAUCACAACGUGUACUCGUCCCACGUGCGGUGGCUGGUCCAAGUGCCCAGACUUUAUGACAUAUACCGCAUCAACAAGCUGCUGAAGAAUUUCCAGGAGUUUCUGAACAACCUGUUCGACCCGCUGUUUGAGGUCUCCAUCAACCCCAGCUCCAAUCCUGAGCUCCAUAAGUUCUUAACGCAUUUGAUUGGCUUCGACAGCGUGGACGACGAGUCGAAGCCAGAGAACACAUUGAUGGGCGAGAAGAUAAAGGCACCCCAGGACUGGGACCACGAGGAGAACCCCCCCUACUCGUACUACAUAUACUACAUGUACGCCAACAUGGCCGUGCUAAACCAGAUACGGAAGGAACAAGGUUUGAAUAUGUUCGUGUUGCGUCCUCAUUGUGGGGAAGCGGGCCCAGGUUCGCACCUGUGUGCUGCCUUCCUACUUAGCGAGAACAUCUCUCACGGUCUCAUGCUGAGGAAGAUGCCCGUGCUUCAGUAUCUGUACUUCCUGGCUCAGAUCUUCAUAGCGAUGUCUCCGCUGAGCAACAACUCCCUCUUCCUACGGUAUCACAGGAACCCGCUGCCGGAGUUCUUCGCUCGUGGUCUCCGAGUGACCCUCAGUACCGAUGAUCCACUGCAGUUUCACUAUACCAAGGAGCCGCUGAUGGAGGAGUACAGCAUCGCAGCGCAGGCAUGGAAGUUCAGCUCGUGUGACAUGUGCGAGCUGGCCAGGAACUCUGUACUCAUGUCCGGGUUUCCGCAUGAGAUGAAGCAGUACUGGCUGGGCCACAACUUCAUGCACGAGGGCCCCGCCGGCAACGACAUCACGUGCACCAACGUGCCCGACGUGCGCAUCUCCUUCCGCUACGAGACGCUCCUCGACGAGCUCGACAACCUGUUCCGGGUCUACAGGACUUGACUCACUAGCUGAUUGGCUGACUCCAAUCAAUCAAUUCAAUAAUUUAUUGCAUCAGUCAUAGAAUCGAGAAUCAGAGUUGAAAUGUGAAUGAAUAAAAGUCAAAUUUAAAAACAUAACACGGCUUCAAGUUGUAUUUAUUAUGAGGAACGCUUAUGUACAAGUUUCUACGUCACAACAUAGCA